AUCAAGUGCCAUGACCGUCAGUGUUAAAUGAAUUGAAAUUGAAAAUCAGACCAAGAAAAAGCAAUUGUAAGCACCAUGAAGUUCAUUAUAUUGUCUGCUAUAUGCUUUUCAAUGACUUUGUCUGUGGAGUUUUCAGUCAUACACCGAACGGACUCUGAUUUUCGGGUAAACCAAGAGGAUUGCUCAAGGUUCUACAUCCGCAGAAACGGGAAGGAGUUUCAGUUUAAAUGCCCGGGUGAUGAUGUCGUAAACACAUUUAUCCGGUCAUGUGUUCCUAAAGGGUCAUCACAAGAUACAUGUGUAAAUAUAAUCCAAACUGAGAAAGGUAACUGUUCGAAGGAUUCGAGAAUGGUUGAGUAUUCUGACAAUUGUGCUAAGUAUAUUGAUUGUAAGGAUAAGACAACAACAGGAGAGCCAAACGUCAAGGAGUGUCCCUUUCCUUUACUGUUUGACGAUAAAUCGCAAAAAUGUGAACAUUUCAGCAUGGUGCGUUGUGGAACCCGAUAUGAACCCAAAGAUGCAUGUGAAUAUGAAGAGAACCAGUGUCGGUCAGCCCACUGUGUCCCGUGUCACGUGAGAUUCCCCAGCUGUAGAGGGUCCACCGACGGACUGAUUCCGUGGGGCGGGCGAGAGUGGUCACCUUACUUCGCCGUGUGUCAGAGCGGACGUGUGGUGUUCCAAGGUCAAUGCCCAGCACUCUCUGACGACAAACCGACCAUAUUCCAUCCGGUGCAUAAUGUCUGUAUGGAGAUAGAUCUUGCAGACUAAUUUUCUCGUGUGCAAUUUUCGUGUUAUAGUUGAUAUUAUGUUAAUUGUUUGCGUGUCCAUGUAUUGUACAUGUACUUUUACAUGACUUUUUGU